GUUGGCUGACGUCAUGGUUGAUAACCGAUAUAAUUCUCAUCUGCAAGAAGUGUGAAAACUUCCAUGAUUCACCGGAGCGUUUCCUGUUGGUCGGUCGCCGAAAGUUGCAGCAGGGGGGCACGUGCUUGGAGCCGUUGUAAACACCGAAGAUGAACGAGGAGAAGCUGAGGAAGAUGCAGAAUGCGGUUCGCAUCGGGGGCAAAGGCACCCCGCGCCGCAAGAAGAAGGUGGUGCACGCCACCGCCGCCACCGACGACAAAAAACUCCAGAGCUCUCUCAAGAAACUCUCGGUAAACACGAUCCCAGGCAUUGAGGAGGUGAACAUGAUUAAAGACGACGGAUCGGUAAUCCACUUCAACAAUCCGAAGGCGCAGGCAUCCCUGGUGGCCAACACUUUCGCCAUCACCGGCCACGCCGAGUACAAAAACAUCUCAGACCUGUUACCAGGAAUCUUGAACCAGCUUGGCCCUGACGGCCUCACUCAGCUGAAGAGGAUCGCCAGCAGCGUGGCCAGCAACCCUGCGGCCAAGGCGGCUACAGAUGAUUCAGACGACUUUGUGCCUGAGCUCAAGGCCAACUUUGAUGAGGCCAGCAAGGCCGAAGUUGCUGACUCAGGAAAAUAAUUUCUGCGAAAAAAGAAACGUCGGCCCAGCCAUCUCACUCACCAUGGAUUUACCUAAAUGAAACUCAUCAUAGUCUGGACGUUUGAUUGUGUUCUACAAACAAGAGCAGAAAAGAAAGUGUGUGUGUGUGUGUGUGUGAGAGAGAGAGAGAGAGAGAGAGAGAGAUACACAAGAACUAAUAAUUCAUACUAUCAACGCAUGUUGUGCUUUCCUUUUGCAAAUUGAACUGCAAACAGUUCGAGACGGCCUUUGAUUGUUGAUCGAUUUCAAUUGGUUUCACGCCAUACUAUGUUCUCUAUGCAAUAGUUGCAGGAAUUCUCUGAUUAAAUUCUAAGUCUUGCUUUGGAAAUUCCCACGCAUUUUGGCUGGAGGUUUUUUUAAUGGCUUCUUUUGUGUUAAAAAAAUUGGAUGUUUGUGAUAUUAAUCAACAAAUGGAGCCAAUGUUGAGUAAAUAAACUAUUUUAAAUCGCUCCUGCAGAUGUGCAACCUGCUUUGUUUACUUUUGCUCUGUUUAGAAAACCAAAACUGAAAAUGUUGUCAACCCCGAUUGAAAAGAUCGCCAUUUUAUGAUCUGGUUUCUUCUGUGUCCACAUUAAAUCUCUGUGUAUUAAUAAAUCACGCUUUUUAGUUCCAUAUUUAACAGAAA